GGCAAGUCAAGGAUUGAUAAAAUCAUCUCGAAUUGGAUUACAUAAUACUGGAAAGUGUUUAGAAAGUUGAUCUCUAAAGUAAAGUAAAUACACGUGUAGUCUCUUGUCUACACAAUCCAGCCAUUGGAAGAGAGAAAAGAAAAGGGGAGGCCAAAUGAGUAAAAGGAAGAAAGUGAGAAAUGACUUGGGAGUUAAAUAGGAUUGUGACAUAGCAACCAAAUAGGAGUAAUGAUGCCUGAGGAAUCCCAGACUGCAAGCAAUGCCCCUUUCCCACGGUUGGCAUAUCUGUCACCUGCAAAACUUCAUUUCCCUCCUUCCUUUUCCAUUGCUUCUGCCUCAAUUCUGCAUCUCUUCCUUCCUCUCCAUAACUUCACACCAUUCUUUGGUCUCUGGGGCUCUGCUCCAAUUGAAAGCUUCACAUUUUGCUUGAGGACUGGCAGACUCUAAUAGGAAUCCCUUCUUCCGGGUAAUAUUGGGCAUUUGGGUAUCCUCAUCCCACCAAAAAUGGCGGUAGGAAUCUGAACAAGCACAAACAGCAUACCUGGGAGGGAGAGAUGGAGGGAAGGAGCAAAGAAGACGAGUAUGACGUGGCGGAGCAGAUAGGGAGGGGGAGAUUUGGAGCAGCGUUCCUCGUCGUUAACAAGCCGGAAAACAGGAGGUACGUGAUGAAGAAGAUCAAGCUGGCGAGACAGACUGAGAGGUUCAAGCAGACGGCGGUCCAGGAGAUGAACUUGAUUGCCGAGCUGAACCACCCGUACAUUGUCGAGUACAAGGACUCCUGGGUCGGGAAGGAAUGCGUGUGUAUUGUGACAAAUUACUGUGAGGGUGGAGACAUGGAUCAGAUGAUAAGGAGAGCCAGAGGCACUUACUUCAGUGAAGAGAUGCUCUGCAAGUGGCUGACUCAACUUCUGCUAGCAUUGGACUAUCUCCACUCCAAUCGUGUUCUUCACAGAGACUUGAAAGUAGGCUUCUGAAUCCUUCUAUAAAGGCUGUAUAUUAUAAUUAAGAUGAUUCUCAAAUUUAGUUGUCUGCAAAUGUAUCACAUCAAUGUUUACUGCGUGUUUAGGUGACUUUGGACUGGCGAAAUUGCUUGGCAAAGAUGACCUUGCCUCCACAGUGGUAGGAACUCCAAAAUACAUGUGUCCAGAGCUUCUUGCAGAUAUACCCUACGGCUACAAAUCAGAUAUCUGGUCACUAGGCUGCAGUAUGUUUGAGAUAGCAGCACAUCAACCUCCAUUCAGAGCUCCUGUAAGUUGAGCACUAGUUUCUCAACUAAUGACGAACUCCUACAACAGCUCUCAAAAUGCUUUCAUGAACUUGUAACAGGAUAUGGCGGGACUAAUUCACAAGAUAAACCGUGGCUCCAUUUCUCCACUACCACCUUCAUACUCAUCUACACUGAAACAACUGAUCAAAUUUAUGCUAAGGAAGAGCCCAGAGCACCGGCCUACGGCGGCCGAGUUGUUGCGACACCCGCACUUGCAGCCAUAUGUUGCUCAAUGCCAAAACCCAUCUCCUGUCUUUCUCCCAGUAAAGUCUGAGCAUGGCACCACCAAGGAUAAUAGUAAUAAACCAAAGGCUGCUGCUAGACCACCACCAUGUAAUAAUAACAGCAAGCAAGCUUUCCAGCAGAAACACAUUGAAUAUGUCUGCAAGAAGGUCUCUGAUCUGAUGAAGAACUACAAGCCAACAUUCGAAGAUACCAAACCAAAAGACUGCAUUAAGAAUAUAACAGCACCUCCAACUGACAGGAUGACAGACAAAGCUUCUCCAGCAGCUGCAACACAUACAAGAAAAGAGAGCACUCAAGAAUCACACACCAACUCCAGCGAUGCUCCAUCCCGACAAAGCAGCUCGGCAAGCUUAAUGCAGAGAGAAGAGUUCAGGACUGAAUGGGAUGAUGCCCAGAGCACCCAAAGAGCUGAAGCACUAGAAUCAUUGUUAGAGAUCUGUGCAAGCCUGCUCAGACGUGAACGGUUCGAGGAACUAGAAGGUGUGCUGAAACCCUUUGGCGAAGAAGCUGUGUCGUCCAGAGAAACAGCAAUUUGGCUAACAAAAAGUCUCAUGAAAGUACAUAAGAAAAGAAAUGGGAAAACUUGAUUUACAUCCGGAGCAAAGUAGUGGACUUUUAUUGACAUCAAAGUCAUCCAUUCAUUGUCUUUCCUUCUAUUUAUCUAAAUUCAAUCACAACAGUUUUCCAAUGGAAUCAUAGUCAAUUUCUCAUCACAAAAUUGAAGUAUCAAUGCUCAAAUCAACUUGCAGUAACAAGACAACAAUUGAAGUAAACUAUGGCUAUGGAGCUGCUCCAUAAGAAUCAUUAAGUAUUCCCUCUUUUAUGUAUCUAACCUACAUCAACAAAAAUUCAACUCAUGUGGCUUGAUUAAUGGAGCUCUCCCAUCGAGGAUAAUCUAUAGUCAAUGAAUCAGAAUUUGGAAAGACAAACCCAAUUCGUCACUUCUUCUCAUCUGCCACUGCUAGUGCUGCUGCUGCUGCUCCUUCUUCUUUAUCUUCUUCCAGCUUCUUUUUGUUCUUCUCAAUCGCAGCAGCAACCUCCCCAGGCAUGUACUUCUCGUCGUGCUUGGCCAAAACCUCCGUCGCCGAGAAGUAAACAUCUAUACCCCUGGCCUUCUCUGAAACACUCUUGCCUCCCGUUUCCUUCCUCAACUCCUCCGUAAUCGGCCGUACGAAUCCUUCCACCACCACCGAAUGCCCCUCCCUGAACAAAUCCGGCAAAGCCCCUUUAUACCUCACCAGAAUAUCCGUAAUCAAAUCAGUGACCACGAACUCCAUCUCCGGCGACGACGCCGGCUGGACCACGCUGCCUUCCAGUACCAAUCCUCCCAAUCUGAACUUCGUCUUCUUCGGAUUCGCCUUGUUCUGCUCCAUCGCGUCGGUGGGAGUCACGUAGAACACCAUCUGGUCCUGGAAAUUGUUCAGGACGAUGACGAUGAACCCGGCCACGCAGCUGAACGCGAUCGCGUAGGUCCACAGCCGCCUGGUCUGCAUCUGGCGAGCUCGGGCUCCGAUGUCCACGGUCUUCGGACGCGCCGGGUGGCGGCGCGCCGUGGAGAAGAGCCGUAGACCUGAGAUCGAGGCGGAGUCGCCGUACGCCGCGCGGAGAUCUGAAAUUGGGGACAGAAUCAACCGCUCCGAUCUGGCGGCGGAGGCGAUCUGGCGAGUGGAGGAGAAGAAGAUGCUGGUGCAGGAGCCGGAAGCGGCGGUAGUUUUCGUGGAGCGGAGGAGCUGCGAUCUCAGUCGGAGGAGGACGGGGCGAGAGGCCAUCUUGCGACGGCAGUGGCGGCGGCGGCGAUUUCGAUUUGGUUGUGCGAAGAAAAUCGUUUCUAAAGGCGGGGGGGUUUUGCGGGGUUUAUUCCAUUAACGGCG